AUGCCGACAAGGUCGAAGGCCCUAAACCUAAGAGCUGAGCAAAUCCGGCGCGAUGAACAGAUGCAAGCGCUCAAAGAGCGAAUUCAGGCGACCGCUCGCAAGGCAGGGCUCCAGGAUGAGCUCCUCGAUGACGAGCGCAUUCUCCGACGCCCUAUGCCCCCAGAUGCUGAGUGGUGGGAUCUUCCUUUGCUGCCCAACAAGACCUACGACGACGUGCCUGACACGCCACUUGUCCCUGGUACGGCGGUGCCCGAUACAUUCCCGCUCAUUGAGCAAGAUACCUCUCCUAUCGACCAUCUCGUACAGCACCCCAUUCCCAUUCCUCCUCCCACGGCGAACAUAAAGAUCCAGCCUCACGGUGUCAUUUUGACCAAGCAGGAAAUGAAGAAGAUGCGCCGCCAACGUCGCGCUGCCGAACAGCAAGACAAACGCGACCGAAUCAAGAUGGGCCUGCUUCCACCGGAUCCACCUAAGGUCAAGCUAUCGAACCUGAUGCGCGUCCUUGGCAACGAAGCCAUUGUGGAUCCCACCAAAGUCGAGGCUCGUGUACGCCGCGAAGUGGCAGCGAGGCAUGAGCUUCACGAGCGGACGAAUGCGGAGCGUAUGCUCACGGAUGAGGAACGCCGCCAACGUCGCAUUUACAAGACCAAGACUGAAGAGGGUAAGGGUAUUUGGUGCCAUGUAUACCGAGUGCGCCAUCUCGUUAGUCCGUCUCACCGCUUCAAAGUCCGGAAGAAUGCGCAGCAGCAGCACCUGAGUGGUCUGAUUCUUGUGCAUCCAGACAUGGCAAUUGUGAUUGUUGAGGGGUCUGCCAAGGCGCUAAAGGCGUACAAGCGCCUGAUGCUCGUGCGCAUUGACUGGACCGACCCUGGACGCCCUAAGGAUCAAGACGACGCGGAGCCUGUACCGGAGCCAGAGCCUAUCGACUUGAGUGACAAUACCUGCGAAUGCGUCUUCGAGGGCCCUGUACGCGACCGAGCCCUGCCCAUGGGUAUGGUGAAGAUGGAAGACUGUUCGUCCGACCUGAAGGUGAAGGAGCUGCUGGGCCCUAAACUUUCAGGCUACUGGGACGUGGCCAAGCGGUCGGGGAUGACGCAGGAUAUGUAG